AUGGUCUUGCUUUCAAAAAUUCGACCCUUGGCACGAUUAUCAAGCAAAAUCAAUCAGUAUCUAUUGCAAGUGGAAGAACGACCUGCCCCUAUUAGACCAAGAAUUGCAUUGGAUGGCCUGUGGGUUGUUUUCCAUCUUGGAUUUGACAAAAACAGACUAGGCUAUGGUUUAGUUUUGAUUCAGAAUUUGGAUGGUCUUUUAUAUGAAUGCGAGGUAGAAAUGUUAGAACGUGACAUGAACACAAUGUCAAGCAGGCCAUCUUGUACAUUCAGCAAAUCAAAACAAGCUGCCUUGACACAGAACGGCUGCUUGCAGCACUCGUCGCGCGGAUCACGGUCGUUGAAACCAACGCAUUUCUGCUCAACUCUGAAACUCGGCCCGCGUGACAGAGUAUGA